CCACUGUGAUUUGUUGGUGCUUCAUUGUUGUACAAACCAAACAGCUGAGUUAAUUUCAUAAUCAAGGAUUUAAUGAUGAGGUAUAAGUUGUGAAAACAUAGCUGUGGAAACAAUCAAAAUAAAUAAUAGAAACCUUUUUCUUAGCAGUACUUUUACAAAUGUUUUUUUUGAGAAAGUGAACUUUAUUUUGUAUUUAUGAUGGUUGUUUUAAAAAGCAUUAGAUUUCAAUACAUGUAGUCCACCAGCAUGGGAAAAAAGUGAUGUAUGACCAUUUUUCACAGUUAAGAUCAUUUAAGCAUCCCCAUGGUCAUGUGAUCAUGCUUGGCAACUAACUCAUGUUUAUGACUUGCAAUAUCCCAUGGUCAUAAAUGAUCAUCUUUUGUAACAUUCUGGCAAGCAAAAUCAAUGGGGAAGCCAGAUUUACUUAACGACCAUGUUGCUAACUUAACAAAUGUAGUGAUUUAGUAAGAAAUGAAGCAAGAAUAAAUGGGACAAAACUCACUUAACAGAUGUCUCACUUAUCAACAGAACUGUUGAGCUCAAUUGUGUUGGUAAAUCAAGGACUACCUGUAAUUGUAUGCAUUUAUUAUACAUUCAAAUGCAAGUAUACGAUUACAAAUUACAUGAAAAAAAAAACAAUUUCAUUGUAUAAACUGAAUUUCCUUAAGAUUAAAUUAGCUUCAGUCUCAUAAAAAUCAUCACGCAAUUUGUCCAAGUUAAAUACUCAAAUAUCUGCUUAUACAGUAAAUAUCUCAAUACAUUCAAAGCCAUUUCAAUCUGUCAUCUUGAUGCCUGUUUUUGAUGAGACUGUGAAUAAAGGAUCGUAGUGUGACGGCAUGGUGCAUUACCAUAAAUCAGGUUUUGUGAAAGACCUUUCUGUUCACAUGGCCUGCAGUUCGUAAUUACCAUGGUAAUCUACUCUGAAAUAUCAGCUCUUAGAUACAUCAAAGGGACACCGCUAUAGACUACUCAACUUACUCACUACCUAAAGGUUAAUUUGUGUACAACAUAGUUUUCAUAGUCAAAGUAAUAUUUACUAAGAUAAUAGAAAUCAAUUUCACAUUAACUGGCAAUGGAGGGGAAUAAACUCAUUCAUACAUACAUAUAUAUUACACAUAUUAUUCAUGCUUGGCUAAAAAUAUAACCCACAAUGUUUUUACUGUUGCUGCUAGAAAACCUGGCUUGUCGGGAAAAAACUAUAAUCAUAAUCUUGCUAUUUUUUUUAAGUAUACUUUUAAAAAUACAAUCAAAAUCCAACAAACAAUGAAUUGCUAAAACUACACUAAUUCUUUGAUUUUCAAAAUUUCAGAUCAAGGAUUCUCAAAUAUACAUCUUUCAUACAUAUUUUUUCAAAUAACAGUGGUGAUUUAUUAAGAAACAUGCUCUGGAAUGCUGAAGUUAAUCCAUGCUGAUUGGCAAUCCCUAUAAAUAAGUAGUUACCUAAUAAGUAAGCCAUUCUUUUGUUGUAUUUUAAGUUAAUAACCCUUCAAGAGGCUGCCUGGCAAGCAACAAGAAAAAUAAUUAUUGUCAGUAUUUAAAUGCUUUGAAAGUUGUCUUCAGAAGAAAAAUUUAGCAAUAUGACAGAAUAGUAUAGUUGUAACAGGGAUUACACAGGAUAAUCAGUAAAUAAAAUUAACAUAAAUGAGCACUAUUUCUCUGCUGCUGAAUUACUUCAUGCAAAGUCAUACAAAUGAGAAAUGGAAAAGGCAUAGAAAUAAAUACAAUAGAAAUAAAAUACAAAUUUGUUCAGUAUUCAUCUUAUACGGCUGACCAAUUGGUUAAGUUUCUAUCAUCCUAGUUAAUUAGGUUUAAUCACAUGUCAUUUUGGUGCAAAAUCUCAAAAAGAUUUGAGCAAAAGAUUUUGGUAAUUCUUGAGAGAUCUUUAAUGGGCAAGGAUGGCCUUUUGGGGAAGGAGGCUUUGGGGAGAGGCUUAGUGCAAAUCAGGUGCAUUCCCCUAACAAAGUCUUAAUGCACCCAUUUUAAUAAAGCAACAAAAAACAGGCCAUGAAAAUGAGUAUUUUUUUAGCAUUUUUGCUUUUUAGGAGGCAAAAUUGUGGGCCAUAUGCAUUCUACUCUUGACUUCUAUGAAUGACAUAGUAUGCAGUGACUGUUUGGAGGUAUAGGGCUGUUAUAUUGAAUUAUCUGAGUAGUAUAUACCGUUCAAAAUUAUGGGACAGUAAUUGCAGGGCAAAUAUUGCAGCACUACCUUAUUACACAAAGCAUAUAAAAACUCUGGACCGCCAUUCAGAAAUUUCAUUUCUAACCUUUCAGUUGUUGCUUUAUUAAACUGAGGCAUUAAGAUUGCAAUUUCUUUCAUCUUUCAUUUGGUAUUAUUAGAUGCAAAGAUCUUAGCAGACAACACAAACAUGUCCCAAGUGUCUUGAAAUCUUUGCAAAAGUAUAGAAUUUAAUGGGCAACGAUGGCCCAUUCAAAAUUUUAAAAUCUCUUAAGAGCACCAUUCAAGCUUAACAUCUGAAGCUCUUAAUUUCUCCCAUAAUUUGAAAUGGAAUUUAUAAUGGAAGAUGGGAAGCAACUGCUCCAGGAAUGCUAGAAGUGGUAAAAAGGAAGUGGUAAAAAGGGAUAGAGGGCACAAAGUAUAAAAAUACAGGGAAGCUGGAAGUACCAUGGAACCAAAUCUCAAGGUUGGUUGGACGUCCGAUGGCAGAUAAGCCUGUUUUGUGAUGAAUAUAUGUUGUGGCUGUUGUUGUUGUUGUUGUUGUUAUUAUUAUUAUUAUUAUUAUUAUUAAACUUCAGCACUGGGUGGAUUAUGUGUUGUUUUGUAUAGUCUCUUUACUUUUCUAAUUUUUAUUGUUGUGUACUAAAUGAAUUGUGAGAGGUUUGUGUUAGUUCAUGAAUUUAUAAAUUAACUCUAUGGGCUGAGAAACGUACUUGUGUUCCCAUAUAUUCUUCUGGUUUCUAAAAAUCUUUUGAGACUUUAAACAGAUGUUCUGACAAAUGCAAUAGUACAGGGCACCUACAUUUGUUUGCAUAGAGUCUAACAUGGCUAAUUGCCAAGUCAGUCUGCAUAUGAUUUUAAGAAUUUACAUACUACCAGUUCAUAGGCCAAUGCAAGUUAGAUAGAUGGAUGGAUGGAUGGAUGGAUGGAUGGAUGGAUGGAUGGAGAGCAAGAGAGAGAUAAUUAUACAUUUUGCACUGGUGCAGAAUCUGUAAGUCAGAUAUUAUAUACAGUUAUAAUAAAAAUAUCUGACUUACAGAUUCUGCACCAGUGCAAAAUGUAUAAUUAGCAAAAUCUAAAGUUUGCAGGAGUCCUGAACUUCAUCUCUAGAGCUGUCCUCCCCACCCUUGCUUUAGUCAGACCACUUUAUUUGCUUCACAAUCCCCAGAACUCCUAUACAAUCUUGGGUAAGCAAAUGGCAUGUGAUUCCUUCUCAAAGGAGGAAUCUGUGAGUUCCCAACAUUAAAGGCUUAUUCUUAUCAGAAUUGUCAGAUCAUUAUGAAUUUGGCAAAAAUGUCCUUUUGGUAAUCCCUCCCCCUUCAACUUGGUGAGAAUGAGUGGAUUUGACAACCACCAGAGAUUUUGAUUCAGGUCUAGGAAAGAAACUGAUUGAUUAUCCUGGCAGCCUAACACUUAUUCCCUAAUCUAUACUGCACAAUAAUUCCCAGAAAUUCUGGUUUAGGAUUCCUUUCUGAUAUAAUGAAAAGAAAAAGUUGGGUCUACCAAAGCACCGGUUGUAUUCCCGGAUGCCACACAGAACACUCUGCCUGAAUCAGAAUCCAAGCUGAACACGACCCUGAUACCUUCCAAGAGGAGAGAGCGAGCUGUGUUACAGCAGCAGCAGCAGCAAAGCGUCUCGGAGAAAACUGCAAGAUCACAUUUUCACCGCCUUUGCUGGACCGGACCACAGCCCGUCCUUCCUCUCUCACCUGCGGGAGGAAAGGCAGCAACCUGCAAGCGACAGAGACCCAGCGUCCCUAGCCCUGCUCUUUCGCGCCUUAAAAAAAUCGGCGCCCCGGAGGCAAAGAUUGCUGGAAAGGGAACCGCCGUCUUCGCUGCCGAUAGUAUCCUAGCCUGGGAGCGAAAAACUCUUUUGCCUUCCUGCAAGCGAGGUCGGAAGAGGGUCGUCCGUCCCCCUGCCGUCUUUCGGGGGGCUGCUCGCUCAGCGAAUGGACGCUUCCCCACCGCUUCGGGCGGCGGAGAAACUAAGCCUCGGUUCCUGGGUGGGCCGAGGAGGGGGAGGCAGUUCCUGGGCGGUGCGAGGGGGCUGCCAGCUUCCCCCUCCCCUCUCCUCCCCUUGAGUACCUGCAGCAGGCAGUGGCCGAGUCCCAGAAAGCCCCGCUCCGGAGCAACACAGAAGCCCGGCUCCUGCACCUUGUCGCCCGCCCUGCCGUCGCCGGGUCCCAAAGUCCGUCGGAACCCGCGCUCAGAGAGAGGGAGAAGACAGGCAGCAUUAGAGGCGGCAUGGCCGAACCUCCCAGGUACCUUCGCCGCCGCAGCCGGGAAUCCUCCGGGGCGGCGCUGCUCUUCCUGCUCUCUAUCCUGGCUGCGCUCGGGACCACCCAGCCGGACUCGGACGGGCCGUCGCUUCUCCUUCAGCCGUCGAAACCGGGCGCUGCCGACGGGGCCGCCGCAGGGAUCUUGGUGGCCAACCGCGGGCUGCGCGUGCCUUUCGGCCGCUCCGUUUCCCUGGACCCCGCCCACGACCUGGUGAUCCGCGUGCAGCCGGGCGACAAGUGCGUCGUGACCGUCUUGGGGAGCGGGCUGCCGCCUGCGCCUCACCGCCCGGGGGCGCUCUCCCCGCAACGCUUCCCCUGCGCCUUCGGUCCCGGCGAGGUGACCUACACCCACUACGGGUCUCGCAGCCCCGGCCGUGACCGCCUCAGCCUCCAGCUCCGCUACGACUCCCCCAGCCGCACAUCCGUGGUGCCUUUCGCGCUGGAGGUCGAGGUGCUGUCGCAGCAGUUGCGCCUCCUCAGCCGCAACCUGCCGCUGGCCGUGGAGAAGCUGCGGGGCCUCAGCCAGCCCCUGGACGCCAAAGUCCUAGCCUUCUCCGAGGAGGGAGAAGCCGCGCGUCGCCACUGCCGCCUCACCGCCCUCCCUCACCCGUCCAGCAGCGGCAACCACCUGCCUUCCUACGGGCGCUUGAUCGACGCCCGCGGGCGCCCCCUGCCGCCGGGCUACAGCAAUGACUGCCGCCGCUUCCUCAGCGAGGACAUCCGCUACCAGCACACGGCUCCCACGCCCUCCCCCAACCGCGACUACAUCCCCAUGCGGGUGGAAGUGCUGAAGGACAGCGGAUCUCCCGAGAGUCUAAGCCAGCAGGAAUACUUUCAGGUGGUGGUUCGGAUCCGGGAUGGGGCUGAGAACACGCCCCCCAAGCCCAGCUUUGUGGCUUUGCUCAUGAUGGAGGUGGAUCAGUUUGUGCUUACCGCCAUCACCCCUGACAUGUUGGCUGCGGAGGACUUGGAGACCCCCUCAGAUCUGCUGCUAUUUAAUCUCACCUCUCCCUGGCUCAGUGUUGGAGGGCAGGACGACACAACUGGUUACUUGCUAAGUACGGAUGAUCCUAGUCGUCCACUCACUUCUUUCACUCAGCGGGAGUUGAGGGAGCUGAAGAUUGCCUACCAGCCUCCUACAGUGGACUCGGACCAUGAGCGCCUUUUCCAAUUUGAGAUGGAGGUGUUGGACCCUGAGGGUGCCUCUUCAGACCCCUUUGCCUUCAUGGUGGUGGUGAAACCUAUGAACACUUUGGCUCCGGUGGCUGUCUUUAAUCGCAUUUCUGGCCCUCAGAUGAUGCUUUUUGAAGGCCAGUCAAGGCCGCUUUCCGACAAUCUUGUAAUCAGUGAUGAGGACAACUUAGGGGAAGUGAAGAUUUGGGUUACAAAAGGUCUAAAACAUGGUGAACUGAGAGUUUUGGGUGCAUCUCCUGGUCGUCAUUUCUUUACUGCAGCAGAGUUGGAAGCUGGACAGGUGAUCUACCAGCACGACAGCAGUGAGGACAGUUUCAGUGAUAACAUUAUCUUCCGCAUGGAGGAUGGACAACACCAGGUGGAGUUUUUUUAUCCAAUUACAAUCAUCCCUGAUGAUGAUCAACCACCACUCCUUAAUGCCAACACUGGCUUGGUCCUCAGUGAGCACCAGGUAGUGCAGAUCUCACCCUUUGUUCUUAGUGCUACUGAUAUAGAUUCUGAUGACUCAACUAUUCAAUUUGUUGUUAAGGAGGUUAAAAAGUCUUCAGGUAUACCUGUUCGGAAACAUUUGGGUGAGCUUCUAUUGCGUCAGGAAGAGGUUCCAUCAGCCUAUGAAAAAGAAGAAGGUAUGGAAGAAGAUCAGAGUGAUCCAUCCCACUGGCACUUUAUAGACAGUGAGGGUAUGUAUGAGAAGGUAGUGACUGAAUGGCUGCAAGAGGAUAUCCUGGAUGGAAAGUUGUUCUACAGGCAUAUUGGACCUCAUAGCACCAAUGUAGUGAUGGACCAGUUUGUAUUCUAUCUCCAAGAUGAUAAUGACCCUCCAAAUCAAUCUGAAGAACAGGUGUUUAUCAUCAAGAUACAGCCAGUAGAUAACUUAUCUCCAGAACUAUAUCCAGGGACAACUUUACAGAUGACUGUCCUGGAAUAUCAAGUGACACAUUUCAAGAAGCAUUAUCUGUGUUAUACUGAUUUGGACACAGAUGAUAGAGAGCUGAAAUAUACAGUGCUUACAUCACCAACUGACAUUGACGAAAAUCACCCUGUCUUGGCAGGUGAAAUUGUAUUGACUGACAGCCCUCUGGUGCCCAUUACCCAUUUCACUCAAGCACAGAUAAAUCAUCAUAAAGUGGCCUAUAGACCACCAGACCAAGAACUUGGCAUUACUCCAAGAAUAGCACAAUUCACUUACAGUGUAGAAGAUACAGCUGGUAAUUCCGUUCUAGGUAUUUUCACUUUCUUUUUGCAACCAGUGAAUAAUCAGCCCCCACAAAUAACCAAUGCUGGUUUCACUGUGUUUGAGGGGCACAGUUUCUUUCUCACCACUACUCAGCUAGAUGCUACUGAUAAAGAUACAGACACUGAUCGAAUUGUCUUCACUUUAACUGAAGCACCUCAGCAUGGCCACCUGCGUUACUUGGAGGAGGGAUUGAUGCUACAGGGUGAAUCUUUUCUCUUAGAUGACAUUGCUAAUGGUCGCAUAUCCUAUCAGCAUAAUGGUGAUGAGUACAGAAAUGAUUCCUUUCAAUUAGAAGUAAGUGAUGAAGUUCAUCAAGUACCAAUCACAGUUAAAAUUGCUGUUCAACCAGUUGAUGAUGAACGUCCCAGCAUCAUGGUCCCUAGUAGUAAUGGACUUUUGGGGGCCUUUAUUGAUGUUCUGGAAAAUAGUGUUACUGAAAUAACUACUUCUCUUAUCCAGGGCACAGAUGAGGAUACUGAUGAACUGGCAUUAACUUUUAUUGUAGAGGACCCCCCUAAGCUGGGUAGUAUUUUAGUGGAUGGAGUACCCUCUAAAAGAUUCACUCAAGAAGAUCUCAUAAGCGGAACAGUUGUUUAUGCUCACAAUAGUGGAGAAAUUGGAUUGAAGAGGCAGACUGAUUCUUUCAAUCUUACUAUCUCAGAUCAGUCCAGUGACUGGGUGGUGAGAGGAAGCACAAUAGAAGGAGUACGUGUGACUGUAACUCUUUUGCCAGUGGACAACAUUGCUCCAGAAGUUAUGUUGGGAGAAGAACCAUUCACUGUUCAUGAAGGAGGAAAAAAUGUGUUAAGGUUAGAACUGCUGGAUGUGGAAGAUAUUGAUACUCCCAGAGAUGAUAUUCUCUGUACCAUUCUAACACAGUCAACUGCUGGAUAUCUAGAGAAUAUCUCUCCAGCACCAGGAUCUGAAAAAUCCAGAGCUGGGAUUCCCAUCAGUGCAUUUUCUAUCAAAGAUAUUCGUGUUGGUCAUAUCAACUAUGUUCAGAGCAUCCAUAAGGGGAUAGAACCUUUAGAAGACAGAUUCACUUUCCAGUGCUCUGAUGGUAUCAACUUUUCACCACCUCAGUUCUUUCCAAUUAUCAUCAUCCCAACCAAUGAUGAGAAGCCGGAAUUGUUUGUACGUGAGUUUGUGGUUUUGGAAGGAAUGAGCUUGGUAAUUGACACACCCAUUCUCAAUGGUGCUGAUGCUGAUAUUCCCCCAGAUGAAUUGCGCUUCUUUAUAACUGUUCCUCCAAAGUAUGGACAGAUUGUUAAUCAGCUAGUUACAGGUACUGUGUCUGUUACCAAUUUCACUCUGGAAGAAAUUCAGGAAGCAUCUAGCAUUGUGUAUGAGCAUGAUGACUCAGAAACUAAAGAGGACUUUUUCAAAAUCCAGCUCACUGAUGGCCUACACACAGUGGAAGAGGAAGUGUUAAUAAUGGUCAUUUUGGUUGAUGAUGAAACACCCCGGAUGUCCAUCAAUGGUGGAUUAGAAGUAGAUGUUGGUGAAUCUAAAGUUAUCACCAAUCAAGAUCUCAAAGCUACUGACAUAGACUCAGAAGACAGGAUGCUUACUUAUAUUAUUCGUUUAUCCCCCAGGCAUGGCUUACUACAGCAUAUAAGUAAAGAAAAAGAGGUGCUAUACAACAUUACACUUGGCAUGAAUUUCACACAGGAUGACAUAGAUCAUAAAUUUAUAUGUUAUACACAUACAGGCCAACAGGGACUCCGGGACUUAAUUAAAUUUGAUGUCACUGAUGGCAUCAAUCCCUUGAUAGACAGAUAUUUUUACAUUACUAUCAAUGGCAUUGAUAUGGUGUUUCCCGAGGUGAUCAAUAAAGGAGUCACUCUGAAAGAAGGAGGGAAAGUGACUCUCACUACUGAUCUCCUCAGUACAAGUGAUAUCAACAGCCCUGAUGAACUACUUAAGUUCAGCAUCACCCGGGCACCAAGCAGAGGUCAUUUAGAGAAUUCUGAUAACCCCGGAGUUCUUGUCACUACCUUCACUCAGCUUCAACUAGCUGGAAACAAGAUUUAUUACAUCCACACUGCAGAUGAUGAAGUGAAGAUGGAUAGCUUUGAGUUUGAAGUGACUGAUGGCUAUAAUCCAGUCUUCCGUACUUUUAGAGUUUCUAUUACUGAUGUAGACAAUAAGAAACCAGUUCUCACAUUACAUGACCUCACAGUUCAAGAAGGGGAAACCAAACUGAUCACACCAUUUGAGCUAAAUGUGGAUGAUCGGGAUACACCUGACCAUGUACUCCAUUUCAUAAUUACCCAAGUCCCUGUACAUGGUCAAAUUAUUUAUAACAACAGCUAUUCUGUCACCAGCUUCACUAAACAAGACUUAAAUGAAAAUAUGAUCAGCUACAAACAUGAUGGCACUGAAACUAAUCAUGACAGCUUCUCUUUCACUGUAACGGAUGGGACACAUCCAGAUUUUUACGUUUUUCCUGAUACCAUCCUUGAAACACGUAACCCACAGAUGAUGAAAAUCCAGAUCAAUGCUUUAGACAAUGGAAUACCACAAAUAGUAGUGAACAAGGGUGUCUCCACACUGAGAAAUAUAGCAACUGGACACUUGGGCUUCCUAAUAACCAGCAAGUCUUUGAAAGCAGAAGACAGAGAUAGUCCACACAAAUUAUUGAAAUAUAAGAUCACAGAUGGACCAAAGCAUGGAUUUCUCAUUAAUAUUGGUCUAGGAAAUGCAAGUGUCAAAUCAUUUUCCCAAGCUGAUAUAGAUGAAAUGAAGAUAUGUUAUGCCUUGAAAGAACAUGAAAAUGCUACGAGCGAUAUCUUCUAUUUUUCAGUUGAAGAUAAUGGCAUUGGGACUAAAGAUGGAACAGCAGAAAAGGAUAAAGAUUUCAGAGGAAAAGCUCAGAAACAGGUUCAGUUUAACCCAGGACAGACUGUGGCUACUUGGCGAGUAAGAAUAAUUGCAGAUAAUAAAUAUGAAGAAUCUGAGACCUUCCAGAUUAUUUUGUCAGAUCCAGUUAUGGCUGCCCUGGAGUUGCCAGAAAAGGCAGUGGUGGAAAUCAUUGAUCCUGGUGAUGAAUCUACUGUGUAUAUUCCUGACUCAGAAUAUAGAGUAGAGGAAGAUGUUGGUGAGCUGUUAAUCCCUAUCAGGAGAUCUGGAGAUACUAGUCAUGAACUAAUGGUUGUUUGUUACACUCAUCAAGGAGGAAAUAGAUUGAAGAAUCAACCUUUUCGUUUGAACUGGGCUUGGAUUUCAUUGGAAAAAGAAUAUUACAUGAUAGAUGAGGAUUCCAAGGUUCUGGAGGUAACCCUGAAACGCAGAGGAUAUCUGGGGGAAACUUCAUUUGUUAAACCUGCUUUCUAUUUUGGUGACACUGACUAUUAUGUUGCUGAGAGUGCUGGUUAUGUAGAAGUUCGUGUUUGGAGAACUGGAACGGACUUGUCUAAAUCGGCCACUGUCACGGUGCGUUCCAGGAAAACUGAACCAGUGUCUGCAGAAGCUGGAGUUGAUUAUGUUGGCAUAAGCCAAAACAUGGAUUUUGCUCCUGGUGUAAACAUGCAGACUUUUCGUGCUACUAUUUUGGAUGAUCUAGGACAACCUGUUCUUGAAGGCCCAGAAAAGUUUGAACUCGUUCUCCAGAUGCCAGUGAAUGCAGUGCUUGGAAAGCCAAGCAAAGCUACUAUCAUCAUAAAUGAUACCAUCACUGAUUUACCCAAAGUCCAAUUUAAGGAACCUCUCUACAUUGUGAAUGAAAAAGAUGGUCAGGUGGAAGCUGUAAUCUCACGAAGUGGAGAUGUUAAUCAUAAGUCUACUGUCCGCUGUUACACUCGCCAAGGCUCUGCCCAGGUUAUGAUGGACUAUGAGGAGAGACCAAACACAGAUGAUUCAGUAAUAACAUUCCUACCAGGAGAGAUAGAGAAACCCUGUGUUGUGGUUUUGGAAGAUGAUGCUAUCUAUGAAGAGGAGAAAGAGUUCAGACUGGUGCUUGGAACUCCAAAAAGUACCUCUUCAUUUGGUGCUUCCAUUGGGGAGAUAAAAGAAGUACUGGUGAAGAUUAAGGAUGAAGAGGACAAACCAAUGAUUAAAUUCUCUGAGGUGAAAUACAACAUUCAAGAACCAGGGGAGCCUGGAGAGAUUGCAGUUUUAAAGAUCCCAAUCUUGCGACUUGGAGAUACUUCCAAAAUUUCCAUUGUAAGAAUUCAUACUAAAGAUGGUUCAGCUACUUCUGGAGAAGACUAUAAUCCAAUGUCUGAGGAUAUUGAAUUUAAAGAAGGAGAAACAGAGCACUUUGUGGAGGUUGAAGUUUUGUAUGAUGGAGUGAGAGAAAUGCGUGAAGCAUUUAUAGUGCAUUUGAAACCUGAUGAGAAUAUGGUGGCUGAGACACAGACGAAUAAAGCCAUUAUAUACAUUGAAGAAAUGGAUAGCAUGGCAGAUGUGACUUUCCCAGCUGUGCCACAAGUUGUAUCACUUCUGUUGUAUGAUGACACUGCCAAAAGCAGAAUAAAUCCCCAGCCUCCCAAUGGAUAUCCUAUUGUGUGUGUAACGGCAUGCAAUCCCAAAUACUCAGAUUAUGACAAGACUGGAUCUAUUUGUGCUGCUGAAAACAUCAAUGACACAGUGACCUUGUAUCGUUGGCUUGUCAGUGCCCCAAGUGGCAUGGAUGGUGUGACCAGUCCUAUGCGUGAAGUGGAUUCCAAUACUUUCUUCACUAAUACCAAGUCAAUUGCUUUAGACUCCAUCUAUUUCCAAGCUGGCUCCAGGGUUCAGUGUGCAGCACGUGCAGUCAAGGCCAAUGGUGAUGUGGGUUUAGAACUGUUGAGUCCCAUUCAUGUAAUAAAUAGAGAAGAAGGUCUGUGCCAACCACGUAUUCUGGGUACAGUUGGAGCAGAGCCUUUCUCAGCCAAAAUUCAUUACAUGGGUCCUGAUGAUCCUGACUAUCCAAACCUGAUCAGGUUUUCAGUUACCAUGCCUCAUAUAGAUGGAAUGUUGCCAGUAAUCUCAACCAGACCUUUGUCGAAUUUUGAGUUGACACUGAGCCCAGAUGGCACUCGUGUAGGAAAUCACAAAUGCUCCAAUCUCUUGGAUUAUAAUGAAAUUGAAACAAAACAUGGCUUCAUCACAGAUGAUAUCAAGAAUCCAGAAGUGAUUGGAGAAACUUCAUCCUAUCAAUACAGCAGUAGCAUACGAUCAGCUAAAACUUUACGUUUCUACCGUAAUCUCAAUCUGGAGGCCUGCCUAUGGGAAUUUAUCAGUUAUUAUGAUAUGUCAGAACUGGUAACCAGCUGUAGCGGCUCCAUUGGGACAGAUGGUCAGGUGUUGAAUCUGGUUCAAUCGUAUGUCACUCUUCGAGUGCCCCUCUAUGUAUCUUAUGUCUUCCAUUCGCCUGCAGCAGUUGGGGGCUGGCAACAUUUUGACCUGCAAUCUGAGUUGAGGCUCACUUUUGUGUAUGAUACUGCCAUUCUAUGGAAAGACGGUAUUGGAAGUCCACCAGAAGCAGAACUGCAAGGGUCUCUUUACCCAACCAGUAUGCAAAUCAAUGAUGAAGGGCGAUUGGUGGUCCAUUUCAGGACAGAAAUUCGAUUCAGGGGGCAAUUCAUAAUAUCCCACCCAGGUACUUCUCUGACUUCUAUGGUGAUGUCAUCUGACCAUCCUGGCCUUACAUUCAUAUUGAACCUUUCUCAAAGUGAGCAAACCUUCAAUCAGCCAAUGCAGCAAUGGAAGUUUCUUUCCGAUUUUGCUGUACGUGACUAUUCUGGCACUUACACUGUGAAACUUAUCCCUUGUGUUGCCACACCCAGCCAAGAAUAUACCCAACCUGUCAUCUGUAGCCCACGGGAGCCAAUCACUUUUGAUCUAGAUAUCAGGUUCCAGCAGGUCAGUGACCCAGUAGCAGCUGAAUUUAAUCUCAAUACUCAAAUGUUUCUGCUAUCCAAGAAGGAUCUGUGGCUGUCUGAUGGUUCUCUGGGAUUUGGAGAAGAAACUGAUGUCUCAUUUACAGAGGGUUCAGAAAUCUACGGUCGUAUCAUGGUGGAUCCUGUUCAGAAUUUAGGGGAAUCUUUCAUCUGUAACAUUGAGAAGGUGUUCUUAUGUACAGGGGCCGAUGGGUAUGUUCCCAAGUAUAAUCCAAGUAACAAAGAAUAUGGUUGUCUAGCUGACUCAUCUUCCCUAUUGUACAGAUUCAAAAUCCUGGAUAAAGCUCAACCAGAUACACAAGCAAAAAUGUUUGGAAAUAUGGCAUUCCACGCUAAACUAGCAGUUGAUCACAUUGAUGGACAUCCUUUGGUAAAACAGCCUGGUUCUGAUGGAUUCAGCUUGCUGUCAACUCCAUUAUUCCAGGUAGCAGUGGGUCGAGAAUGGUACAUCCAUACCAUCUACAUGGUUCGAUCACGUGAAAAUGUUCAUAAGGGCUUUGGAAAAAGAAGUAUUGAGUAUCACCAUGUUUUAUCUUGCAAUAACAGCACCUCACAUCUUAGUCGUUCUCGGAGAGCUGUUUCUGAUAUUCCUGCUCUUGCCCAAGAUAUUGGUGCUGAUAAGAAUAGAGGAACGAAUAUCCAGCAUAUAGUUCUUGACCGAUCUAGUAAAAUUACCCUCAAGCAGAGAGAAUGGUCUCCAGCAGGUAAACCUUAUGAAAAGCCAGUCCUGCAAAUUCCAGGAAGUAAUGCAGAAGACAAGAUAAUUCCCAUUAUUGGAGGUGCAAUUGGACUGCUGCUUCUUCUCUGCACUGUUAUAAUUAUUAUAUUACUUCUGAAGCGAAAGGGACAUUCAACUGAUAGAAAAACAAGCUCAUUUACCAAUCAUUCCAAAAGUAAUGAAACUGUGACUACACAGCAGAGCAAUAGUGAUAGCUCUGAAGUUUAACAGCAUUGAGAUCCUACAUAAUGGAAAUCAUAUGGGGCUGGGGUAGAUAUGGAAUUAGGCUGCUGCAGUUUUGGUGCUAUGUUGUGUGAGAUUCCAGCAUUUGGAAGAAAAGUAUAGCAAAGAUAAUCUGUAUAGAAAUGUGACUUAUUUAUAACUUCCCCACAACCAACUCCCAGG